AUGACCAGUACUGCCCGCCCCUCGCUACAGGACGAGAUCGCUCGGCUGCAACCUUACGGUCUCGGCGCACGCGGCGACACCGACAAUGACCCGGGACACUACCCGCAACGCAGCUUGCAUGUCCUCCUGGCCGUCAGUGGUAGUGUAGCUAGCAUAAAGGCUCCUUUGAUCGUGGGCAAGCUUCUCAAGGUCAGUGCCACCAGUGCAGCUGAGCGGUGCACGCUCGACCGAGGCUGAUCCUGUGCGAGCUGAAUCACGUGCAGUACGAUCGAGUCGAGGUGCAAGUCGUCGCAACGGCAUCUUCUUUGCACUUCUUUGACAAGGCUGCGCUCGAAAGAGAGCACGCAGGUCGCGUCAAGGUCUGGACCGAUGUCGACGAAUGGAAGGUCAGUCCAGGCCAAAGUCACGUGCUUGCUUCCAGCGCCGACGUCGGCAAUCACUGGCUUUGCACGCAGGCUUGGACCAAGAUGGGCGAUCCGGUACUGCAUAUAGAGGUGAGCGAUCACUGAUGUACGCCUAUAGAGUUCUGUACUGACUCUUAUCGGUUCUUCGAUCGUCCGCCGCCACCUCCAGCUCCGGAGAUGGGCCGAUGUGGUGCUCAUCGCUCCUUGCUCGGCCAACACACUCGCCAAGAUAAAUCAUGGGAUUUGUGACAACACCCUAGCGAGUUACCAAAACUCACAAGUGGUUUGCAUAUCAUCUGGAAGUUCAAAUCCCUGAAUGUGGUCACUACGCCAUUCUCGCAGACUUCUGUCCUCCGCGCCCUCCCCACUUUCGUCCCCGUGCUCCUCUUCCCGGCCAUGAACACCCAGAUGUACUCCCACCCACUCACGGCAAGACAGCUCCGAUUCGUCAAAGACGAGCUCAGCUACACAGUCCAUGGUCCGAUAGCAAAGACUUUGGCAUGCGGUGACGUCGGUGAGUUCGGAUCCGAUUUCUCGAUCGAACAGCUUUCUGAGUUGCUGACCCGAAGGAGCGGAAAUGCACCAGGUUUGGGGGCGAUGUUUGAGUGGAGCGAUAUUGUCCGUCUCGUUCAAGAAAAGUACGACCUCAAGGAACGAGCAACGCAAUGA